UCCGUAGCCUGUUUUGCAGUCGGCAAGGUUAUCACUUCUGCUGUAAUCUGUAGAUAACCGCGGUAGCCAACGACAACAUUAUCGCGACGCCGCUACACGCAACACGCAUUCGGCGUACCUAUUCCAAGUUCUGAACUGCCGCACAAAACAUUCAAAACGUGAUGAAAUAUAAUUUAAUCAAUGAUAAUAUUAUAAAUUGUUGAUGCUGUAUCGUGUAAUUGUAAAUUCAAAAUCUUUAAAACAUCGCGAGAGAUGACGAUUAUACUGAAAUCUAACUCGGAAUAAUAAUAAUUAUUGUGUUCUAGUUGAUUGCUAUUAAUUUUUAUCGUGAUUAUGAGUUGACUAUAUGAAGCGUUAGUUGACUAUUUUUCUUCAUCAUCGUUGACAAUCAAUUAACAUAGUAUUAAUAUUAUAUAGAAUACAGGUAUGCGACUUAAGAGUUUGUUACUUGAUCAUAAAAAAUGUAAAUUUUCUCGUAAACAAACACAAUUUUAAUUUAUUGUGUACUAGUGUUGAGUUUAUAACUAAACUGCAAAUACUCCGAAAGUAUUUUAAUACGGCAGCUAGCUGAAGCAUUAACGUCUUGUGUCUUGACUAGUUAAAAAAGAAUUGUUUUCAUCAUGUCAGCAGAUGAAGUGGAAUCUGAAGUUCAUUUCAUGAAAACUUAUAGUAUAAUAAAAUGGGACGAAAUAACAAAGCUAAAUAAUGAUCGUAAAUCGCUUAACCAGAAAGUUUCACUUGGGUUGGCCACUAGAGAGGAAUUUUUGAAACAAAUAAAAGUUGAAUUAAAUAUGCUGGACACGUGUCAACUUAAAAUUGAACAAGAAAUGAAAGAAAACAAUACCGAGGAUAUCAACACUGAAAUACUUACCAUUUUAUCAAAUCGUAUAAAUGAUAUGUAUAACAAUAUGUUUUUACUGUUUCCUGUUGAAAAGACUUCACUGUCAGAAUUUAUUGAGUUCUGCUCAAAUAAUACAUUAUUUAUUACUAAAUGUAGUAACAUGUUAGAUACACUCAUGUUGAGAUACCAUAGUGACCCUGAAGUGUAUAUUACUGCAGCGACAUAUGAAUUUGAUGACCGAAAUAAUGUUGAUUCAGCUAGAAGAUAUUUUGCAGAAGGAUUGAAACAUCAUGAAAAUUGUAAAAAUUUAUAUGUAGAAGAGUUUUGGGUAGAAGUUCAACAUUUAGAAAAGACUGAAGGUGCCUCACUUCCAAUUGCCAUUGAAAAAUACAGAAACCUAAUAAAACGUUUUGAGGGUGAUAUUGAAUUUCAUUUUAUAUUAUUGGACAGAGCAAUAAAAUUAAGUGCAGUUAGAGAACUACAAUGCAAUGUAGUCAGAGACAUGAUUAAAAAGUACCGACAUAGUGAACUAAUGUGGCAAAAAUUAGCUAAAAUUCAUUUUGAUGGUUUUAUCUACCAUCAGGAAACUGAACAAUUACACUAUGAUAAAAAUUAUAUUAAUGGUAUUAGAAACUGCAUUAAAACCUAUGAAAAUGGAUUAAAAGAAAAUCUACCACUAGAAAAUAAACAUAAGUUAUGGAACUUUUAUAUUGAUCAUAUUAUAGAAAUUCGUAAAUCUUAUCGCAUGAAAAAAGAAACUAUCAGAAAUUUUAUGAAUGAAACAAUGGAGCGAGCUUUUCAAGAAGCUCACGAUAAUAGGGCAUUAUGUAAAGCUGAAUAUUACAUUUAUUGGACUGAAAACACAAAUAAAGACUGUUAUAGGAUUAUGAAACAAGCAGUUAAUGUGAUAAAAGAUAGUGUUGAACUCUGGUUUAAUUUAAUAUCGUAUUAUUUAAGCAACGACAGUCUUGAAAUGGGCAUUGAAGCUUUUCAAGCCGGUGUUCGGGCUUUAACAAAUAAAUCGAUGCCAUUAUGGGAAAUUCUUAUUUUAUAUAUGGCAAACACUCAUCCAAAAUUGCUCCAACAAUUAUAUCAAGAAGGCUCAUAUUAUCCAUUCCCCGAAGUCAAUUGUAUAAUCAGACCCGAAUAUUUGGAAUGGAACGUAGUUCAUAAUGGAAUACUUUCAACUCGUGAAUUGUUCAACAAACUAAAAAAUGUAGAACCAGAAUGCAAACAGUUGUAUAAAUCUAUGAUUUCAUUUGAACUCACUCAAAACGCAGGAAUUGCUAAAUUAGGUUCUAUUAGAAAAUUGCAUAACACUUUAUGCAAUUCUUUUGGUGCAACAGAUAUUGAUGUAUGGAUUGACUGCAUCCGGUUUGAGUACAUGUACGGUUCUCGCAAAUAUGUGAAAGAAGUUUAUAAGGCAUCAUUGAAUAACUUGAAUUCAAAUCUAAAGAGUGGUAUGAUAGCAGAGUUUGAAAAAAUUAAAGAGGAAUUCAAAGAUUAUGAUCCAAAAGAUGGAGGAGUUAUUGUUAUUGAUGAUGAUGAAUAAUUUUCUAGUACAUUUAUAUUUAUAUUCUUCCACUACUUUGUUCACAUUAUUUUUUUUUUCUGAUGUUAUGUUAAGUUAAUGUAUGUUUAUUAUUUAUAAUUAAUUUUGCCUAUUUUUUAAAUGGCAUAUGCAUAAAUUGACAAUAUUUUUUUUAUUAUAAAUCAGUCAGGAUGCUAAGUGUAGCCAACAAUGUGUUCAUAAUAGUAUAAUAUAAUUAAUAUGACUAAAUUAAUGAUUUACUAUGAAUAUUUUUAUAAAGUGUAGCUUGGAAUCAAAAUAAAGUACAAAUUUAAUAAUAAAAAUAGAUGUAUGUUUCUAUUUUGUGUAUAAAUGCAACAUAUAUUUUGAA